UUUCUUUUGUCGUUCAAGAAAAUGGUCCUUCUUCCCUCUCUCAUCACCCUUCACCACCCCGCCGACCAGGCGCUUUCUGCCGAAGAUAUCUUCUCCUCGACCCUGGGCUCUAUCUUCACCGACGAUCUGCAGAACCAGCAUGGCACCGACCCUACCACAACCAUUGUAUACACACCGUCUAACGCGUCAGUCCCCCCGAUAGAACUACGCACUGCCGACGUGGACGGGGAAGAUCAGAGACGGAAGUUUGCACACUACUUGUGGAAUGCUGGUGUGUUGGUUGGCGAGAUUGUUGGAGGAAGACAGAGGCCAGAAAAAGAGAACGAAAAAUCUAGAAAACAAGAGGACGAUGAGAAAUGGAAAGAGGGGGAAUGGUGGUUGAGUGUUGAUGAGGAGAAGAGAUGGGCCGUCAAAGGGGAGAGAGUGUUGGAGCUGGGUGCAGGUGUUGGCCUAGGUGGGAUCAUGGCCGCGAUGGCAGGCGCCGAUGAGAUAUUCAUAACGGACUACCCCGCCACUCCAAUCCUCUCUACCCUCGAGGCCAACGUGAAAAAGAAUAUCCCCACCUCCCUCCAGUCCAAGAUCAGUGUACACGGUCAUCAAUGGGGCGACCUGUCUUCGCCCUUUGCAACCGCAAAUGCAGGAAGAUUCACAAGAAUUUUCGCUGCCGAUUGCUUAUGGAUGCCGCAUGAGCACACCAGUCUUGCGCGAUCGAUGCUCCAUUUCCUGUCAGACGAACCAUCGUCGCGUGUGUAUGUGGUAGCCGGAUUCCAUACUGGACGGGCGAAGAUGGCACCGUUUUUUGAUGUGGUCGAAGAGGUGGGGUUGGAGAUUGAGGAUAUAUUUGAGAUGGAUGCCGAAGGCCGAAGGCGAGCUUGGGCUAAGGAGAGGGAAGGCGGGAGGGAAGAUGUGACAGGAAGGAAGAAGUGGCUAGUCGUCGCCCGUUUGAAAAGGAAGGCAUGA